UCAUUAGUAAAAAUGGCUGUCUGGGAAGGAAAGAAAUGCAAAUUAGAAAAGAGUGAAAACUUCGACGAAUACAUGAAGGAAUUGGGUGUCGGUAUGGUUCUACGCAAAAUGGCUAACAGUGUCAGCCCCACCGUUGAACUGAAGAAGGAUGGUGAUAAUUACUCUUUCACCACUACCUCAACCUUCAAGACAACUACGGUCAACUUCAAGCUGGGCGAGGAAUUCGAUGAAGAGACACUUGAUGGUCGCAAAGUGAAGAGCGUCUUCACUCUGGAUGGCAACAAAUUGGUGCAAAAACAGAAGGGUGACAAAUCAUCGACCAUUAUUCGUGAAUUCACUAACUCCGAGCUAGUGACUACUCUCACCCUCAACGACGUGAAGUCCGUCAGAGUCUACAAGGCUGUAUAAAUGCGCAGUGCGCUACAUGCGAAGUUCAAAACAACAGUAACAAAAAGCUAAAGUAAUUUAAAAUAAAAAAUGCCACUUCUUGCAAUAAACUAAUGAUUGAAAAACUAACUAUCAUACAGCAUACAUUGUACUUUAUAUAACUACAUAUACAUAUAUAUA